AUGUUCAAGCGUCUCGCCACAGCCGCCUGCUUCGCUCUCGUGGCCACCGCAGUGCUGGGACAACAGCAAUGUUACUAUGGUCCUGGUGCGCAGUACCGAGGAGGCUCCAAUCUGGUGCCGUGCAAUACUACUGGAACUUCCGCCUGCUGUCUGCAGGGUGAUACCUGCUUAUCUGGCAAUAGCUGUUACAACGUACUGACGGGCAACGUUUACAUUGCGGCUUCGAUCCUCGACUUCUCGAAUGCGUGGGUCUGUCAUGCGCCUGAGAGUUGUGGCUGCGAGUGGAACCCGACCCCAGAUAUGCUUGUUCUGACGCCAAGAGGCUGCAAAGACAUGGGCAGCGACGCGCUGGUCGCGUUGUAUGCUCCAAAGCAAUUGGCGCCAUACGUCUCGCUUCCUUCGAAAGCAGGUGGCAGCACUGGAUAUUAUUCGCCGACGAUCGGUACGGAUGGAACCAGCUCGUGGGUGGAGACCGCCGUACCUGGAUACACGCCGACUCCUUUCACUCAGCUUACGACGUAUCGAAAGGCCCCAACGACUUCCGUAUACGUCGACGCAAGCGCCACUCCCGGCCCCUCCACAUACGCUGCUGCGGCGAGCUAUUCUGCACCUCCGAGUCGGUCAGGCCCCACCUCCACCACCUCGACGAGUUCUGCUCCACUCGCUACAUCCUCGUCUAACUCGUCUUCUGAUCUGUCGACUGGUGCCAAAGCCGGCAUCGGCGGUGGAAUUGCGGGAGGCGUCCUGUUCCUGGCCGCCAUCGCACUCUUGACAAUCUGCCUGCGCCGACGUCGUAAUCGCAGGAAGCAGCCUCCUCUUCCUGGCCCACCAUCAUACCCUCAUAGUCCAUACUCAACACAAUCUCCGAUGCAAGGCAUAUCGCCAUGGCCACAGUAUCCAGCAGGUGUGAUCUCUGAGCAGUACUUCUCGCAUGCGGGCCAUCUACCGCAGUAUCGCCAGACUCCUCCAUCGGUGGAGGACACAGCAUACAAACACCAGCCGGUGCAGGGUAUUGCCGGGCGACCAUUGAGCCCGCUGGAACUGGCUGCAGAUGCACCCCUUCGACAUGAGAUGGCGGUGGCAAGAUGAGGUUUCGGUGCCAGCUUAUGCCGUUCAUUCUCCUUUGUGGCAUGUCGUUGCGUUCGUUGCGUUGGAUCUUUCAGCUUCAAUCAGACCUGCUCGCUCUUCUCGGCAAUAUGAACCGAACAACUUUUAGUGUUGCACAUAAUGCCCGGCGGCAAUCAAGUGUCAGCCGUGAACUUCAUCGCAGCAGGUUACCGAGCUGCUACUUUUUCCCGCUCCAGCAUGGUACGUUCUCA